AUGUCCCGCGAAGCCUACCAAGUCCCCUCCCUCGGCGGCCAGAACGCCUUCGGCGAUGGCUUCGCCGGCUCGAUGGACGGCCCUAUUGUCGCUUAUCUGUGUGGAGAGUGUAACUCGCGCGUGUCGCUGAAGCGCGGUGAUCAGAUUCGGUGCAAGGAGUGUGGUCAUCGGGUGUUGUAUAAGGAGCGGACGAAGAGAAUGGUUCAGUUCGAGGCCCGGUGA